CCAACUCCCUUUCACGAGUUGAUUUUUUCUGUCAGCUCGUUUUCUGCGUCAAACCACCUGCUUUCUUCCUGCUGCUGUCAGCGCAGAAACUAUGGCUAAAGCGGACGCGAAGAAGGUUGUGAAAUCAGCAGAAAAAAGUAAAGUGAAGAGAGCUCGCGAUGAUACGGCUGCGGAGGAGCCAGCCAAGGCCACGGCGCCGGCUAAGAAGGUGAAGAAGGCCGAGGCGUCACCCGCAGCCAAGGCCGUCGCGAAGAAGGUGGAGAAGACGGCCGCUCCAGUGCCCAAGAAGGCUGCUGCUCCCAAGGCGGCAGCGAAGCCUGCAGCUAAGCCUGCCGGCAAGGCGGCAGCGAAGAAGCCGCCGCCCAAGAAGGCCGCUAAGGAGAGCAGCGAGAGUGACGAGGAGGACGAGAGCGAGAGCGAGGAGGAGCCCGCUGCCGUUAAAGCCCCUGCUAAGCCCGCUGCUGCUAAGCCUGCUGACGACGAUGACGAGAGCGACGAGGACUCUGACGAGGAGUCGUCAGAGGAGGAGGCUCCAGCAGCCAAGGCUCCUGCAGCGGCUGCUGCUGUUGCCGCUAAGGACGACGAUGACGAGAGCGACGAAGACGACGAGGACGAGUCGUCGGAGGAGGAAGCGAAGCCGGCUGCUGCCGCCGCUGCUGUGAACGGCGCGAAGCCCAUGGAAGAGGACAGCGACGACGAGGACGAUAGCGAGGAGUCGAGCGAGGAGGAGAAGAAGGCAGCGGCGGCGGCGGCGAAGAAGCCGCCCGCGAAGGCUGAGGAGAGUGACGAGGAGGAUGAUAGCGAGGACGAGGAUGAGAGCGACGAGGAGGACGACGAGAAGGAGAAGGCUGCUGCGGCCAAGAAGGCGCCUGCUGCUGCCACGGCUGACGACGAUGACGACGACGAUGAUGAUGACGAGGAGAGCGACGAGGAGGAUGAUGACGAGGAGGAGAAGCCUGCCAAGAAGGUGAAGGCCGAGACCCCUGUGAAGGCAACCGCGCCCGCCGCCAAGGCGGCGCCGUCGACGCCGCAGACUCCGGGCGGCGAGGAGAGCACGACUGUGUUCGUGAAGAACCUGCCGUUCGCCGCCGACCAGGACACCAUCGCGGAGUUCUUUGCGGAGUGCGGCGAGGUGGCGGACGUGCGUAUCGCCAUGGACAAGGAGACGGGCCGGGCCCGCGGCUUCUGCCACGUGGAGUUCGCCACCGCCGAGGGCGCGCAGAAGGCGCUUGAGAAGAGCGGGCAGGAGCUGAUGGGGCGUGCGCUCUUCUGCGACAUUGCAGGUGGCGCAGGUGGCGCAGGCGGAGCGCGUGGCGGGCGCACUCCGCAGUCUGGCGGCGGGCGAUUUGGCGGCCGCGGUGGCGGUGGGUUUGGCGGCGGUGGCGGAGGGUUCGAGCGCGCGCCGCGCGACGACAGCAACACGGUGUUUGUGAAGAACUUUGACCGCUACCAGGAUGAGGACACAAUCCGCGGGCAGCUUUCGGAGGUGUUUGGCGACUGUGGCAACGUCGUGGGAGUGCGCAUCCCCACCGACCGGGAGACAGGCGGUAUCAAGGGCUUUGCGUUUGUGCAAUUUGACUCGGCGGAGGCAGUGGCCAAGGCGGGCGAGCUCAAUGGCACUGACUGCGGCGGCCGCUCGCUCGUCGUCGAUGCUUCUGCUGGGGGUGGUGGAGGCGGCGGUGGCGGCAGGGGCGGUGACAGGGGCGGGUUCAGGGGGCGGGGCGACCGGGGCGGCGGCUUCAGAGGAGGCAGGGGUGGCGACAGGGGGGGCUUCCGGGGCCGGGGUGACAGGGGAGGUCGGGGUGGUCGUGGCCCACCACGUGCCAAGAUCAACCUUGCUGCGCCAGGCACAGGCAAGAAGACAACCUUCGACGAUUGAGCUUGGUGCCCUGCACUAAAGCGGUGCCCCCUUGUAUUUGGGGGCUCGUGCUCCUGCUGCCUACUCGUGUGCACGCAUGCUUGCGAGACCCAUGCUGCUGAAGUCCCCCUGCCCAUGCGAUGCACGGCCAGUUCCCCUUGCUGAUUCGUGUGUGCUGCGGCUUAGUUGCUUCUGUAGGUUCUGAUGGUUGCUGAACAGUAAUGGCCUCUUGGUUGAGCCUGCUCUUCCCUUGUUAGCCUAAUAGUACUGUUUUCACGAAUGGGUUCUUUCAUCCUCUAACGGUACAAUUGCUGUCUACAAGGUACAACCCUAUAUAGUCUAUGGCAAUAUGCA